UCUGAAAAGCAGAGUUCGCUUGGAUUCUGAACCUAGCUGGAUCCUUUAUCAUAUAAAGGAGUCAUUUUUGUGUUUUUAAAAACAGGUUAUAGAUUUGAGGUUUACACAACGACGUUGUGCUGAUCUGAAUCUUUUUUGGUACCUGGAGAACGAAUUUGUGCCACACUGGAGCUUUUUGGUGCGCGCAAGGCGAUCCACGGGGCAGUAUAGAGAGGAGAUUCAGCCUUUUCCUGAACGUAUGUCCUCACAUGACCUGAAUACAAAUAUAGCAUAAGCAGGUGGUGCAUGAGUUGCAUCAGUCUCUAAUUUACCCGAUAGGCGUGUGGUUAGUGUGGAGAGUCACCUCGGAGCAGCAGCAGUGCGCACUCUUCCAUCUGACGUGGAUCUGCUCCCUGCCGGUGUUUUGCAUAGCUAAACCAUUAAUAUCCUGUCCACUGGCCUUAGUUUGAAGAGCAAAAACUUUUUAUUUCUGUAUUUUUUUUUAGUUUUUUUGUUGCAUUGACUCUCCGAUCCAAUAAUGAUGACUGAGAACAAUGAGAUGGAGGGCGACUCGCAGCUCCAGCGCUCCUCAAACAACAUGCCCAUCCAGCCGAUGACAUCCAAGCUCCAGAGAUUGAAACGCUCCCUGUCCUUCAAGACCAUGAUGCGCAGCAAGAGCGUGGAGAACUUCUUUCAGAGAUCCUACAGUGAUGCUCGCUUGCCCGCAGACUUUAUCACAGACCCACCGCCACCCUCCCCCCCUCUGCCACCCGGUUCCCCUCUCGUUGGCGAACGCUCGCCCUCCAUUUCGCCAUCUCUUAGCCCCAACCCCUCCAUCUGUUCCCACUCACCGUCUCUCAGCCUUUCCCCAUCACUACCUGCCAAGCCCCCCCGAGCUCAGAUUAACCACUGCUUUCAGGACCACACCUUUCGGAAGCCCACCAACUGCCAGCACUGCAAGCAUAUGAUAGUGGGAAACUCCAAACAAGCUCUUCGGUGUAAAACGUGCAAGAUGGCUGCUCACCUGUGGUGCACGUCAGAACUCUCGCAGCAGCAGUGCCAUGGAAAGUCUGGAGCAUUCAAGCGAAACUUCAGUUCGCCGAUGCUCGUCAAUGACCAAUUGGCUGUCGUCAAGGAAGUUCGGCCAAGCCAAGUUUCAGAAGCUGCGCGGAUGCGUGUAGACCCUGUGUAUGCUGCCUUGCGCUACGGGACGUCCUUGGCACAGAUGAGCCGUUCCAGUUUUGGCAGUUUAUCAGAAUCACCAACACGCAGCUUGGGAGAGGGAGAUGAGGAGAGUCAGGAGAGACAGUGCAGCAUGGAGGAGGAGAUAACUCAGGAAACAGGGGAUAUCAUCUCAAUCCUUCCUGACGCCCCUUUCCCAGAGAAAGAGUUGGAGAAGGAGGUAGAGCAGAGCAAUGAGCAAGCUGAGAUUCCUGCAGAGGACAGCAGUGCAAAGGUGCCCAAACGCAUUGAAGUUCACUCCAUCCACACCUAUGUAGCGCUGUACAGGUUCCUGCCUCAGGAGCAGAAUGACCUGGAACUACAUCCAGGCGAUCGGGUGCAGGUCACAGAUGACUCUAAUGAGGAGUGGUGGAAGGGCAAAAGUGGUGACAGAAUUGGCUUUUUCCCUGCCAACUUUGUGCAAAGGGUCCGGCCAGGAGAGCGGGUCUGGCGGGUCGUCCAGGGUUCUCCCGGGAAUAGAGAAAAAGGACACAUGGCAGUAAGGGAGUCCCAGAUUUGUGUUGGGAAGAGAGAAGAUGGGGAAAUGUUUCUGAAGCUGAGCAGUGGAAAGAAGAGAGGCCUGGUCCCUGCCGACUCCAUAGAGGAGAUCUGAACAUUAUUUCACUUUUACACUCAAAUUCAAACUGUCAGCACCACACUCUGCCCCCUCUCUGGAGAAAUGACCAUCUAAGCCUCUGAAACUGCAAAAGAAAACACACACUCCUACAAAGAUCCAACACUGCCAUCUCUGAUAAACAUUUGUUUUCUGAGAGAAUUUAUUGACUGCUGUCCUGCUCCUAAGAAUGUUGGGUGACUCAACAUUUAGAAAAAGGGAAGCAGAGGUAAAUGUGGCUUCAAAUAUUUGGAUUACAUUUAGUUUUGCUCGUCAAAAACACUUCUGCAAUUGUGGGAGGAAGAUGUAUCCUGUUACAGGAACAUCCUGCUUGUGUCAGUGUCCUUUUCUUGCUUCUACCCACUCUGUCUCAUCACUAUCUGCUCAUUUCAGGCCUUUUUUACCCUGGGGGCUGUUAUCAUACUGCUGCAACUAGAGAGUCUUUGCAAGGAUCAACCGCUGCUAUCUAUUGAAAGCUACACUGCCACUAGAGACACUUCAGGAUGAGAUGGAAGGAGCCUGUGUAAACUUAAAGCCUGCAUUGAACAGCACUAGUAAAUGUAAAAAUGUAGAAGGAGAAUCAAUUUCAAUGGAAAAAUCUAAAGCUCAGAGAACCUCUUCAAAGAUGCUCUAAUUAGUAUUUUCCAGACUUUUUCCGAUUCAUAGAAAUAUCUGAAAUAUACUGCAAAAAUGAUUCAACAUCUUUUAAGUUUUGAUGUGAAACCCUUUAUAACAUAAUGGAUAAUAGGCUUCACACAAAGUUUAUUAAUCAAUCUUGAACUCGGAGAGAAUGAGUUUUAGAUGACAGUGCUGAAUCGUUUUUCCUUUUCUCUCAGCCAUAUUUCAGUAAUUGUUUGUGGUACAAUGCCUGUCAAAGGUGUACAGUACCCUGUUCAACUAUGGCAUUUAUCCUGUAUAGUUUAUCUGAAAACAAAUAAAUCUAUUAGAAAAAUAGAAAAGGUGCAAAAACUUAGUUUCAUGAGUGUAAGUUGCGUUAAAUUACACCCUUAAACUAAUACUUUGUUAAACCAGCUCUUGCAAAUAUUGCUUUAGCUAUAAAGUGUACGUGAACUUAUUUCAUUUAGGUUCAUAACUGGCCAGCUCCUCAUUACUGAUGUCAGCUAUAAGCUGAAAGUGAAUCCAAAGGUGCUUCCACAAAGUAUUAGCUUCAGGGAAUGCACACUCAUACAACCAGGUCAUUGCAACUUUUUUCAUUUUUCCUUUUAACAAUUUUCCUUGUUUUACAAUUGAAUUGUCCAAGAUAAAUGUUACAUUAUAUGUGAAAAAGGUUUUGAAAUAACUUAUCGUACUCUAAUCACAAAAACCUGCCAUUUAAAAGUGGUGUAAACUUUGAGAGUUAUUAGAUCUUAUCAUGUGCCUGAAUAAAAAGAAAAAUCAAAGGAAAUUAAAAUAACCAAAACAUUUGGAUAGAAACAAUUUUUUGGAGCUUUAUGUGGCCACAGAGACAGAAAAAAUAAGUGUCAACAAGUGUUGACGCUCAAACCGGAAGAUGCUGCUCUCCUGUUCUCACAUACCAGCUCUCUGUGCACAUGAACAUUGGCGCCUGCUGAGAUUCGCUCGAGUGCCCCAGCGGGCGUUGUGAGCGCUGCCCAACGUUUUUUAACAUGUUCACCACAGCUGAAAACAGCAGGGAAUAAAACUGAUCUGCAGCCAGUGUUCCUGAAAAUAAAAACAGCAACAUUUUAGGGAUCUCUCUGGCUGUGACAAACAGUAAGUUUGUCUGACAGUUCAGAGGAGGAGGUGGCGCAGCGAGAGGGAUGACUUGGGCUUUGAACCGUUAUGAGUCAGCCUGCAUUGAGGUAACACUACCCAUGGGUGCAUGGGAGUCAUUCAUUGAUCAAAUGUCAGUCUGCCUUCCUCCCCUCCCAGUUUGGCCCUUCUUGUCCUCUUGUUAUUGAUGUGACUGGUCAGCUGUGACAUGGAGGGAGAACAUUUUUUUGCUUGUAACCCAGCACACUUUGGAUAGUUUAGACAUCUAUUUUUAAUUUAUUAAUUUUUCAAUGAAUUUGAAGCAUUUCUUCUGCCAGGCCCCCUUCUUGAAGUAAGGGGAAGCAAAUCGUUUGCAUGUGGAAGACAGAAAAUGACUUGAAGUAGAGAAUAGAUUAGAAAUCAUGGAAACAUUUGCCCAUUUAGGUGAUAGAAUCCCUUUUUUAUCUGUCUCUCACACAUCAAAGCCUCAAAAAGGUGGAACUAAUAAGCAUCUUCUCCUGUAAAAAGUAAAAGUAGCAUUUUAUAUUAAUUUGUUUUUCAGGUAUCAUCAUGAUCUUAGUCAUCAAACAAUAUUGCAGGUUUAGCAUAAACCCCUCUAGGUUAUUAGUUUGCUUUUCAUCAAAAAGCAGCUUAAACAGAAUCUCUGCAGCAUCCUCUCUAGUUAUUAUCACCCUGUUAAAGAUGUGUAAAAAGCAUUAGAAUUAUUGCAGUAGCUUGAUCCUACACUUUAAAAAAUCGAAAAAUUAAGCACAUACGUCAAAAACAUUAACUCAGUGUUAAAAAAUAAAGAUGAUUUUUUUCAUCCAAAGCAUCUGGGCAAAUCAACAGAUAAAUUUUUCACCGGACAAAACAGUCAACCUUCUUCCCUGGUUAUAUCAGUGCAUAGACCUCAAAAUCCUUUUUACUUUAAUGCUUUUUAGCCCUCUCUGCCACGGGUGCCAGUAAUAAUGCAGGGGGCUGUGUGAAGGUGUGAGGUGAUCUUGAUAUGUACCAGCACCUUCUUGAUAUCUUACGCUGCCUCAAGUUUGUGUCGCAUCGCAUUUCUAAGAUUUCUAAAUGUAAAAAUAUGUUUGAAUGUGUCUUGUGUCAUGAGUAAAUGUUCAGCUACUUACCUCAAUAAAAUGUCUUUACACAA